AUGGCAGACGCAUCAGGUUCGCAUAACCCAUUUGACGAUCUCACUGCUGAGUUGGGCGACCUGAGUCUACAACAAGGAGAGCAGGGCUCGCCUGUACACGCUGCGAAUCCUCAAGAAGAUGAAGAUGGCCUGCAAUCACCUCAUAUAAUCCGAGAGACUGGAGAUCCGCUGGAAGUCCUCGCAAUAUGUCCCAAAGACAGGAAAGUCAACUACUCACUCAACUGGUAUUAUCUCCCAGACGCAGUCGAAGAUACGGCAGAUUACUUGAUAUGCACCAGAUGUCACGCCGAUCACAUCAAAGGAACAUCCCUUGAGACCCAAUUCAAGCAAAUAAAGUGGCCUGAUGGCAACAUUGCCGUCUGCCGAUUUUGGCUCCCUCGCGUAAAGGAAGUUCUUUGGCCCGAAGCCAUCCGGACAAACGACGUGAAUGCACUACGCGAAUACAUGACCAGGCGCUUACAGAUCAAGCCUUGUCCGGGGCAAAAGGUCACCGAAGACGUCGAAGACAGGACAGUCUAUGGCCUGAUGGACGGUGAAAUCGAGGGCUUUGCCGCAUGUGAAGCCUGUUUUGAGGAUUACAUAUUUGGAACUGGCUUUGAGCCUCACUUCGGGACUUAUUCUGAGUUGUCUCCAAGAUGGAGCUGCGAUUUUGGCACCCCAUACAUUUUGGGGUCAGUUGCUCAAACGGCCAAGCAUAAUAACUGGAACGGCUUUAUAAGUAGCGCAAGGCGACGGUAUCAGCUUCCGGCGUGCACAGGCGAGCAGAUCCGGUCAGACGCUAUUGAGUGGUACUUGCUUAAAGACAACAAGCUUGAAGGCUUUCAAGUCUGCGAGACGUGUUACCUGGAUAAACUGGCAUUGACCCUUUUCAAGAGAAACUUUCAGCGCUUUUCCGAUGGAUUGGAGCCAGAGAUGUGGUGCUGUGGGUUGGCGGAUCAAAACAUCUCAACAGCAGUGGCCCUGGAGACGGCUCUCACUGUUAGAAAGGACUUUGAGGUGUUUGUAGAGGCUGCACAAACCAUUUGCAGCAUCGUUCCUUGCACAGCGAACGGUAUCGUCCACGGCAACUGGUGGACAUUGGAGGGAUGCGACGACAGGUUCAACAUAUGCGAGGCAUGCUUCACUGGUUUCUGCCAAACAAGAGGCUUGGAUCACUUCUUUCGGCUAUCGGAGCGCGACUCUUCCAAUGCCUAUGUGUGCGACUUUUGCAUUGCGAGCCCACGCUUUGUUCAGUACGUUAACAUGUUUGCAGAGAUGCUUGACCGCGGGGUCUUUGCGUGUUUUUCAGGCUUCGUCAGGACGUUUGCAGGCGUACCUGCGUGUCCCAAGAUUAAAGGCCGCGGCAAAUCCACAUGGUGGGGAUACCCAGAGGCUCAGUUCUGCCAGGAAUGCUAUCUCGACAUCGUAGCCUACACGCCGUUGGCGGGCUCGCUGCCUCUAAACGGAGAAUAUAUUGAAGAGACAACGCUCUGCCAUAUAUGGUCACCGCGGAUGCGCAGUCUAUGGUUCGAAGUCUGCGAGGCAGGCGAGGCAGGAUCCGAAGAAUCGGACGCGGCCCUGCAAGAGUUCAAGGCGUUUUGCGUGCAGAGACUUCAAAUAUACCGCAAAACCAUUUCGGAGAUUGAAGUCAUCAAGGGCAUGCAGGAAAUAAAGAAGCAAAGCGCGUUAAACCACAGCUUGCUCAGCCUUCAAUAUCAAGGUAUGGAUGGAAUGGCGACCAUGUUUGGGAGGACAGACGACUACAGAUAUGGCAGUAGUAGCCUUGGGUGGUUUGAUACGACCUAUGGAGUUCAGUCGAAGCAGCAUUGGAAUAGUUUCGUGAGCGAACUUUCGGCUUCAAAUUCGCCGGAUGACUGGGUGCGUAUGGCGCAGUUGCAGGAGAUCUGGAACAAGGUGGAAUAG